UCUCUGGCUCCAGGUCCCUCCCCGGGGCUGGCUCUGGGUGUUGCCGGCUGCGGGUGUGUCCGGGGCGGACUGUGUGUCACCUGGAGCCGGUACCGGGCUGUCAGUCAGAGCCAUGAGCCGGACCGGGACAGCAUGAGGCGCCAACAGCAGCAGCAGCGCAGCGACAAACCGGCCGGACCCCCCGACAGCAGGGACCUACCGGCCGGACACCCCGACAGGAGGGACCUACCGGCCGGACACCCCGACAGGAGGGACCUACCGGCCGGACCCCCCGACAGGAGCCACCUACCGGCCGGACACCCCGACAGGAGGGACCUACCGGCCGGACACCCCGACAGGAGGGACCUACCGGCCGGACACCCCGACAGGAGGGACCUACCGGCCGGACACCCCGACAGGAGGGACCUACCGGCCGGACACCCCGACAGGAGGGACCUACCGGCCGGACACCCCGACAGGAGGGACCUACCGGCCGGACACCCCGACAGGAGGGACCUACCGGCCGGACACCCCGACAGGAGCCACCUACCGGCCGGACACCCCGAUACGAGCGAUGCCCGGGGGGGCUGGUCCGAGUGGCCCCCGGGGGCCCCGUUGCGGGUGUUGCUGAGGGCCCUGGGGCUCCUGGUUCCGGUCUAUGUGUCCGGGCGGCUCGGGCUCGGACCCCCCUGGGUUCUGCUGGGGAUCGGACUUUGGAUCCUCUGGACCCGGAAUAAGCUGUCCAAGAUGGGCCGGAUGAGGGCAGCAUGGGACCUGCUGGAAAACGAGACCCUGGGGGUCACCAGGGGCCUGAAUGGACAGCAACUGCCAGCCUGGGUGAAUUUCCCGGAUAUCGAACGCGUGGAAUGGCUCAAUAAGACCAUGGUGCAGAUAUGGCCGUAUAUCGGAAUGUACAUGGAGAAGAUGUUUGUGGAGAAAAUCGAGCCACUGGUCAGAGCAUCCAGUGUCCACAUGAGAGCUUUUACCUUCACAAAGAUCAGCUUCGGCCAGAAGUCUCCGAGGAUAAAUGGGGUGAAGGCGUACACGAAGCGGGUGGACAAGAGGGAGGUUAUCCUGGACCUACAGCUCAGCUACACGAGUGACUGUGAGAUCAACGUAGAGGUCAAGAAGUUGUGCAAAGCCGGAGUGAAGGGCAUGCAGGUACAUGGGACGCUGCGAGUCAUAUUGGCUCCCCUGAUGCCAGAGGCGCCAUUUUUUGGAGCCGUCACUAUGUUCUUCAUACAAAAACCAUACCUGGAAAUUAACUGGACUGGAUUAACAAACAUUCUGGAGAUUCCAGGAGUCAGUGACAUGUCGGAUUCAAUGAUCAUCGAUAUCAUCUCUUCGUAUUUGGUGCUGCCCAACAGACUGACAAUUCCUCUCAAAGGCUUCGUGAACACGGCCCAGCUCCGUUACCCCGUGCCACAGGGCGUCCUCAGAGCUCAUUUAAUUGAGGCCGAGAAUCUGAUUCCAAAGGAUAAUUACCUGAGAGGCGUGAUAAAGGGCAAGUCAGACCCAUACGCCGUUCUGCGGGUUGGGAAUCAGACGUCGAAGAGCAGAACUAUAAAAGAAAAUCUCAACCCGCGCUGGGGAGAAACGUACGAGUUUGUGGUGCAUGAAGUCCCUGGACAGGAUCUAGAAGUUGAUCUGUUUGAUGAAGACCCAGACAAGGACGAUUUCCUAGGCAGUCUGGUGAUCAGUUUAGAAGACGUGAUGAAGGACCGGGUGGUGGAUGAGUGGUUUCCUCUCUGUGACGUUGCCAGUGGCCAUGUGCACUUAAAACUUGAGUGGUUUUCCCUACUGGCCUCGCAUGAGAAGCUAUCUGAGACCAAGAAUGGGUUAACGACCGCCAUGCUCAUUGUGUAUCUGGACAGUGCAUCCAAUCUGCCAAAGAAUCAUUUUGAAUAUUCAAAUAACGAAUAUACAACCAGAAAACAGAAAUAUGCCAGUUACCCCAAGUUGGACAAGGAUCCCUCGUCGUACGUGGUGAUGACGGUGGGGAAGAAGAGCACAAAGAGCAAGACAUGUUACUCUUCCAAAGACCCCGUGUGGGAACAGGCAUUUGCCUUCUUUAUUCAGGAUGUUCACUUGCAGCAUCUACAUGUCGAGAUUAAAGAUGAUGACAGACAGUGCGUCCUAGGAUUGGUGGACAUCCCCAUUCACCGUCUUCUCACCUGUGAGGACCUGACACUGGACCAACGGUUCCCACUCACCAAUUCUGGCCCUGGCAGCUUCGUCAAGAUGAAAAUAAUCCUGAGGGUUCUGCACAUAGAGGACCCGGACCCUGACAGUAUUUACUCUGGUAUCAACUCCUUAAAACAUGGACCGGUCUCUAUUAAGCGAGUUCAUCAGGAGAAAUCACCUGGUAAAGUGCACAAGCCACCAGUCAGUCAACAGACCCACCAGAUUCACACCAUUCCACCCUCCAAAGUCAUCCGUAAAGAGAGCCUCACCAAUCGGGCUGAAAAGCCCAACCAUUCCGGCCGUGAACAGCAGCAAACACUGCCCAAUGAUAGCUCUCCAAAUACCGUCUCGGCACCACGCACACCGAACCUCCGCAACCUGCACCGAAUAGCCCCCAGCCUCCUCUCACUCAACUCUGUGGCUUCCUCCUGCUACAACCCCUACGAGGGUCAUGGUGUGCCGGGAGAAGUUUCUGGUGAGGUCCGGAUCUCCGUACGAUAUGCGUCCAUCCGACGCUGUCUCAUCGUUGAAGUCAGCAGCUGCAGGAACCUGAUCCAGUGCUCCAGUAACGGGGCCGACCCAUACGUCCGUAUCUACCUGCUCCCGGACAGGAGGUGGUCCAGCCGAAAAAAGACCACCGUGAAAAGGAAGACAUUGAACCCAGACUAUAACGAAAGAUUUGAGUUCCUUGUUACCCUAGAAGAUGUCAAGAAGCGGAUGUUGGACAUUGCUGUGAAAAAUAACCGGUCGUUCGCCUCACAUGAGAGGAAAGAGCUGGGAAGGGUCCUGGUUGAUCUUUCCAGGGACGAUCUGCCUCAGGGAUUCACAGAAUGGUUUGAACUGACCGCAGACGGACACCCCAACUUCUGAACUUAGAUUUUAUUACCACGCAGGCGCACUUUGUGAUUUACACCUGUACAUAUGUAAAUUUGUAUUUUAUAGUUGGCUAAAACAAAUUCUCUAUUUUCUGAGGUACCAAUAAUGAGUCGUUUUUGUAAAAAGUGCAGCUUUUCACAGCAACUGGCCAAUUCUGCUAUUAAUAACUUAUUUUCGCUCGGUAAAGUGUACAGUUUACAUGCAAACUUCAGAUUUCGGAGAUUGUUGCUCUUUUUGCAAAUUCCCACAACGUUUACUACCCCAGGAAAAAGACAUGGGGUUUUGGUGUCAGAAGACCAUUUUUGAAAGUGUUAAGAUUAUUUAUUUAUAAAAACUUUUACAUAAGAUACAUUAAUUAUGUGGCUCUAUACCACCACACAUUAUUUUAAAUCUAUUAAAAUUAUUUUGGUUUUAA